GUUGCAGGUGGGUGGGGCUAGUGCCCCGCAUUCAUUGUAUUAGCGUCUGCAGAAGGCGCGGAGCUGCAGAAGCGCAGCUGGCGGGGGAAGCAGACACCAUGGCUCAGAAUACAGAGACCCCCGUACCUCACCCAUACUGGCCACGUGACCUGCGCUUGGAUGACUACCGUCCCAAUGACCGCCCCAUGUGGCAGAUCCUGGCCUUCCUGUUCUCCGUGUCCGGUGGUUUGCUGGCUGCAACGUGGCUCCUGUCUGGCCGGGCAUCCAAGCUGAGCUCCUGGCGCCGGCUUGCUCUGUGCUGGUUUACAAUCUGUGGCUUCAUCCACGGUGUCAUCGAAGGCUGGUUCUCCCUGUACUACAUGGAGAUCCCACAGGACCAGGCGUUCCUCUCACAGCUUUGGAAAGAAUACGCCAAAGGUGACAGCCGAUACGUCAUAGCGGAUAAUUUCACAGUGUGUAUGGAGACCAUCACAGCCUGGGCUUGGGGCCCCCUCAGCGUGUGGACGGUGGUCUCAUUCCUGCGUGGCUGCCCUCAUCGCUUUGUGCUGCAGCUCAUUGUGUCCCUCGGCCAGCUGUACGGAGACGUGCUCUACUUCUACACGGAGUACCGGGAGGGCUUCAGCCACAGCGAGAUGUGGCACCCCCUCUACUUCUGGUUUUACUUUGUAUUUAUGAACGCUUUGUGGAUUUUUAUCCCGGCCGCUCUCAUCGUGGACUCGUGGCUACAGCUGAGUAAAGCCCAAAGCUCUGCGGAUGCUGUCCGGCCCGUGGCCAAAACCAAGAGGAGCUGAGGGGCCACGUGAUCAUGGAGAGGAGCAGGAAGUGGAGGACGUUUAUUGAGGACCUGUUGUCACGUAACCGGUGCAGCAGAGCUGUCUGCAGAACGUGACGCUGAACGACGUGACACUGAACGACGUGGCUGCAGAUCACUGUGUGUGGGGGGUUCUCUGUAAUAAUGCAUGGCAAUAAAACUUUUACAUUCCC